UAGGUGUCAGCACUACGUGCACACCUGUCAAAAUCAGUAUGUCGUGUGAAUCAUUCCAGACGUUUUGUUGUCUUGAAACGUGCUAAUCGCCUCAAAAGUUGAUAAAACCGUAGUUCUAAACUCCAGAGCAAUAACUUGGAUAAUAUUUUAUCGUUCUCCAAGCGCCAUGACGCCAAAAGCAGCCUUGUCUCCGUGUCGUAAAAGCCCAUUAUUUAGUGCAAAUAGUGAUGAUCAACAUGGUUUCUCUUGAAACCGUGCUCUAAUUUCCGCAAAAGUUGCCUAUAAUUCGUCGGAAGCAGCUUGUGGACGAUGCAGGAAGCCUGAGGAUGGAGUCGUUGCGGAAGUGGUUCUACAGACCAAAGCGGGAUGACAAAUCUUUGUUGGCGCAAUUUUUCUUCGCCGACGAAGCUUUGAACAUCAUCGCCAACGAGUUGGACAGUUUUGAUGGACGCAAGGACCCGGGGAGGUGCACCACGUUGGUCAACCAGCUGAGGCAGAGCCAGGACAAGGUGCUGACGAUCACCAAUGCCAUCAUGGAUGUGCUCAUUGGCGACGAGAGGGCCAACAGGGACUUCAGGGUCAAGUUCCCGGAGGAUGUGCUCCAGGAGAAUUUGGCGGGACAGCUCUGGUUUGGGGCUGAGUGUUUGGCGGCCGGCUCGUCCAUAAUGAACAAAGAGGCCGAAAGCACGGCCAUGCGCCCCCUCGCCAAAGCCGUCACCAAGAGCUUGGAGACGGUGCGCAACCUCCUGCGCGACACCUGCCUCCGCAACAACACCCCCAACGGCCCCAUCAAGCUCGACAGCAACGAGCUCGUCACCGAAAUGCUCCUCGAAAGUUUAAAAAUCUUCGAUAAGUUAUUCGCCGAGUUUGAGCUCGCCUACGUCAGCGCCAUGGUCCCGGUCAAGUCCAUGCAAGAGUACGAGCUCCAGGAGCUGAUCGGCGUCCUCUUCAGCGAGACGUUGCAACGCGCGCUUAAAAUGAAGCUCCUGAGCCAGGAGAUGGUCGACGAUUGCGACCCGGCGCUCAUGUUUACUAUUCCGCGACUGGCGAUCGUAAGUGGCCUUUUGAUUUUUCCAAGUGGACCUUUGUGCGUGGACAGACCGAUCGAGGAGAUGAGCAAUAUGUUUCGGCCGUUUCGGACUUUGUUGCACAAGAUCCGCGAGCUGUUGUGGACGUUGAACAAGCGCGAGUUGUUCAUGUUGGAGAAGUUGUUGUGCGAUAACGAGCAGAUUAGUGACGUUAAGUCGUUCAGUGAUAGUGAUUUUCGGUACGAUUUCAUCGACCAGUUUUACGGUGACUUGCACCGCGAGGAGGUCGUGGUUGUGGCCAAGGGGGAGGUGUCCGUUAACAAGGAUAAACCCGUUGUUUAUCCCCUUGAAACGGACACGCCUUCGACUUCGGGGUACUUGAUCCCGAAUAGUAUAGCUCAUGAUAUCGUGGUGGCGUCGGUUGUGGAGCCCCAGCCUGGGGACUCGCCCCCGGAUCACGACUCCCUGGAGGUGAUCUCGGUGGCCGCGGCCACGCUAUCGUCGAUUUUGGCCGAAAACGAGUCACCGAACGAUUCGGGCGUUUGCACCGAAAACACAAGUCUUGACCGGUCACCAAGUCUCGACUGUCAAUGCGGUGUGGGCUGCAAGUGCCGGAAAACCUCCCCCAGGAUCAAAGGCAAAGGCAAACUCCCACCGACUUUACCGCGGAAGAAGCGACAAGUCGAAGAUGACGCUUCAAGUGUCGGGAGCUCGGACACCUCCUCGUUCAACAGCAACGACGAUGAGGAGAUCGCGCUGGCCAUGCAAGCGGCUCAGAUCGCCGAAGUCCGUUCGAAGUACCGCUCAAGUGAAGACCUCAUCCACCGACUCUUCGUCUGCAUCGCUGGAGUGGCCGACCAGCUCCAAACCAACUUCGCCAGCGACCUGCGGAACAUCCUCAAGUCGGUUUUCCUGAUGAACACCUCGGACGCGGCCGUGGACACCACCUCCUUGGAGGCGUCGCUGGAGUACCGGCCCUCCGAGCACGACGUGAUCGAAAACAACGAAUUCUCCGUCGACCCGAACAUCCUGGCCCAGGAGGCGCUUUUCGACACCAACGUCUACUUCCACCUGGAUCCCGAGUCGGAGGAUGGGGAGUAUACGAACCAUCCGAGGCAGGAGCCGAGUCAGGCGAACAGUUCGAGUGAGCGGCCGCCGAUUUGGAUCCCGGACGUGGAGGCGCCCAAGUGCAUGUCCUGCGGGAUGAAUUUCACGGUGGUUAAGCGGAGGCACCAUUGCAGGAAUUGCGGGAAGGUUUUCUGCGCGAGGUGCUCGUCGAAUAGUGUUCCUUUGCCCAAGUUUGGACACCAUAAGCCCGUGAGGGUUUGCAAUAAGUGUUUUAUUUAUAAUCUGACGCCGUUUACGAUGUGAGGAGGGUACUUAAUAUUUUAGGAAAUUUGAACGGUUUUUUGCCUUAUAUAAUUGUAGGAUUUAUCGACGCAUUUGUGGUUUUGACGACACGGUUUACUUAAUUUUCUUUUUCUUUAAUGGAGGGUUGGAUGCCGCGCGAUUUUUAUGAUGUGAGAUUAUUUUAUUUAGUAAGUACAAAAAUUAAAAGAAAUGUUUGUCUCAAUAGAUUUUUAAUUUGUUGUACUGAAAUAUUUUGUGAUAAAUAUUGUACAUUUUAUUUAUAUUGUGGUUUGGGGAUUAUCCAUGUCUCUAAUAAAAUUAUUUUCAACUGA